GUCACCAGCAUCUAGGAACCUCCCUUGAGAGGGGGGGGAUCUUCCCAGAACAUUCACACUGAGUCCUAUUCAGUCGUGACCUGGUCAGCCUCUUGCUAUAUAACCCUUGUGGUUUAGCGCUUCUUUCUGAUUAUAAUAAUAAUAAUGGUCAUCCUCUUUAAUCACAAGUUAUCCUUGAAAAUCCCGCAGCUAACCCACCAGUUCUACCAGCAGAAAGUCAGUUCUGUGGCAGUUCUGUGUAGCACCUUCCCAGGAUACCUCUGUUACCACUGACGGUAAGCAUAGCAGUGGUCAGGCUCCACAGAUGGCCACUGACAGCAACAGUAAAGCCCCACUAAUAGCCCCUGACAGCAGUAAUGACAGCAGGGAGUUUGUGUGUGGCUGGGGAGCACAGUUCAUCAAUAUUAUUGUCACCUUCCCCGUCAACAAGGUUAUGUUCCGUCAGAUGCUGCACGGAGUGUCACCAGUGAGUGCAGCCAGACAGCUGAGCAGAGAAGGUUGCAUCAGCCUGUACCGAGGCAUCCUGCCACCGCUCUGUCAGCGAACAAUAUCCACCUCCAUAAUGUUUGGCAUGUUUGAGCAGUAUGGAAAGUUGCUCAGAUAUUACAACCCACAUAUAUCACAUGGUGCAACUGUAGCAUUGGCUGCCAUGCUUGCAGGUUGCACCGAGGCAAUACUAUGUCCGUUUGAGCGCAUCCAGACACUCUUGCAAGAUAAGAAGUUCCAUGGUAAAUACAGGUCAGUGAUGAUGCUAGUACGAUACAUGUUGUCUCUGUUCAGAAUACAGUGA